GGAGGAGCCGGGCGUGGCUCAGUCGUGGCUCAGUCGGCCAGCUGUGUGCGCGGACGAGACGUGUGACCGUCGCAUUGGUUUUAAGAACCCCCUCAACUGCACGCGCCUCACUCCUUUGCGUUUUCCGACUUUGUUUUGAAAGCCAGCCUUUGCGUCCAACAUGACGACCGAGACCGACACUAAGCCCGUGGAGCAGACCCCCGCCCCUCCCAAGCCGGCGGUGCACAAGCUGGAUUUCGAGAAGGACGUGGUGUACCUGUACCAGUUCACCCGCACGCCCGUCCUGCCCUCGCUCAGCCCCUACUGCCUCAAGGUGGAGACCUGGCUGAGGCUCGCUGGUUUGAAGUACGAGAAUGUUGACCACAAGAUGAAGUACAAGAGCAAGAAGGGUCAGCUGCCGUUCGUGGAGGUGAACGGCGAGGAGAUCGCUGACUCCGCCAUCAUCAUCAAGGAGUUGGGUCAGCGCUACAACCAGGACCUCGACGCCGGUCUGUCCGCCGAGCAGCGCAACGUCGCGCACGCCACCAUCUCCAUGAUCGAAAACCACUUCGCAUGGGUGGUCAAGUGGUGGCGGUGCCGAUGCCCGGGGGAGUGGGUUAGGGCCGCCAAGCUGAACCUCCAGCAGGCGUUAAACACAAGGAUCCCCAAUGCUGUCCUGAACUUUGCCUUCAAGCUCCGGUACCGCCAGGCUGCCAAGAAGGUCCGCGCCCAUGGAAUCGGUGUGCACAAGCCAGAGGAGAUUGAGGAGUUCGGACACAAUGACCUGAUGGUUCUCUCAGACCUUCUAGGAGACAAACCCUUCUUCUUCGGUGAUUCUCCCACGACGCUUGACGUGGUUGCCUUUGCUAACCUGGCUCAGGUAGCCUUCAUGGACAAGGAAGUGAGCUACACACUCCGCGACUGGAUGACCGAGAACUGCACCAACCUGGUUGAGUUCUGCAACCGCGUGAAGGAGCGCGCCUUCCCCGACUGGGACGACAUGUGCACCAACCUGGACCUGAACUCCCACCUGCCCAAGCCCCCCCCUGAGGAGGAGAAGAAGGAAGAGGAGAAGGCAGGUGAAGAGAAGGCGAAGGAGGAGGAAAAGAAGGACGAAAAGGAAAAAGAAAAGGACGACUCUGAAAAGGAGAAGGCACAAAAGGACGAGAAGGAGGGCGAAAAGGAAGACAACAAGAAGACAGAAGAGAAAGAGAAAGAAGAGAAGAAGUAAAAGUUUGUCAAAGUUGUUGAAAGCAAUUGAGAACCAAAUCUAUUUGUAAUAUAUGUGAUAAAUGUUGUUUGAAAGGCUUUUUUUUUGCUUGAUACACUUUGUAUAGAUCUUCUUGUUAGCGUGGAACACAGCACCUCCCCUGUGCCGACUUAGUCGAUAACAUUUUCAGUGGCCACUGUCAGAAAUGAGCUCGUUCUAACCUUCAUUAACAAUGGUAGGGAACAGUCAGUCAAGGAAAAAGCUCUAUUUUUUUCUAUAGGACCUACAUACCCAAGUUGUUGCCAAGUAAUUGUAUGCAGCUCAUAGUACUUGGUGAGCACGUGUUCAAAUGGGUUGUCAGGAUCCCCCACCUUCUUCCUUACUGGCUGAUCUUGCUACCAGAGUUUGUUUUAUAUUUCUCUCUCUCCUUGUAGUUUAUUUUUUAAUUUUUUGGUCCAGGUAUUUGUACUGUAGUUCGACACAACCUUGACCGCUCAUACUAUUUUUUUCCUCAAUGGUAAUGACAAGGUUUAUAUUCAAGAAUUGCAUUGAAAGACAAAUGGGCAAGCUGAUGACGUUGAAGGUUUGAACCGGUCGAGUCAUAUUUUCUGUGUGGCUUUCAUAGCUUGUAGGUUUAUUCAGUAUGAGUUUUUAGUUGAAGACUAUGUUUUUAAGAGCAGUAUUAUUCAUGGAAAAUGAGUUUGCUACUUUUUGCUACCAUGACAAAUUCUUUUUCAUUUUUUUAUCACUUUUGUACUAUUAGUUUGUACAUUACUAGCUUUUAAUAUGGCAUCUAGAACAUUAUGAUAGUUUUUACACAUGGAAGUUAUUUUGUAAUAAGGAAAUACUCAAUUUAUAGGUUCUCUUUGAUACCAGAGGGACUGGGACUCCCACCGCUUCUUGUGAUAGGAAAUGCUCAUUAGUCAAGCGUGUGGAGUAUUGAGGGUUCUUGCUUGGAAACCCCGUCCUGGCUCGAAGUUCACUUGUACAAGUCCUUCUAAAAGUCUCCCAUUCCAGUAUGUAAUAUAUGCGAAAAAGUAUGA